CUAGCAGCAGCAACGCUCAGUGGCACCCGUCCAUUUCCUCUCUCCUCAACCGCCGGCAGGCUAACAGUUCAAACUCCCACAGACAUGGCCGACCAACUAACAGAAGAGCAGAUUGCUGAAUUCAAGGAGGCCUUCUCCUUGUUUGAUAAAGAUGGAGAUGGUACCAUCACCACCAAAGAGCUGGGCACAGUCAUGAGGUCACUGGGUCAAAACCCAACUGAAGCUGAACUCCAGGAUAUGAUCAAUGAGGUGGAUGCUGAUGGCAAUGGGACUAUCGACUUCCCCGAGUUUCUAACUAUGAUGGCACGAAAAAUGAAGGACACAGACAGUGAGGAGGAGAUCCGGGAGGCCUUCAGAGUCUUUGAUAAGGAUGGUAACGGAUACAUCAGCGCAGCAGAGCUCCGUCACGUAAUGACCAACCUGGGAGAGAAGCUUACGGACGAAGAGGUCGAUGAGAUGAUAAGGGAGGCCGACAUUGACGGCGAUGGACAAGUCAAUUAUGAAGAGUUUGUUCAGAUGAUGACCGCCAAAUGAACUGAACUUACAAAGAAUCAGUCAAAUGUUUCACUUACCUCUUAUUGCAAAAAUCUACAUUUAAUCAUGCUGUUCUGUAUAGACAAUUUAAACUGAAUGUUGGAAUACUGAAAAUCUGUCCAUAUAAACAAGUUCAAAAAAAGGUAAAGGCAAAAAAAAUAAAAUCCAAUAAUCUGCAUGUACUGGCUUGUAUUCCCCAUCCCCUCCGCGCUGAGCUGACCAAUCACAUCUCGGCUUGUUAGACGAGCAGCCUCUUGCAGCCGGCUACUUCGGCCGCUGCUCCUCUGCUUCUUGGUUCCAUCUGCCUGAUGUCAUGAUGAUUUAGGCGGGUCAACUGCCUUUUCUUUUAUAAAGUCCUGUUGUUUUUCUUUCCCUUCAUGCAUGCAGCGUUAACAUGGGUUACUGUUGAGAUCUCGGUGACAGAAAGCUGUCGUUGGACCUCAGAGGAGGAAAGGGGUGGACGGGAGGGAGCGAACCAAUGGGACGUUCGCUUGGCUAAAUAAAGUCGGUGACUGAUAUUUUUAAGAAAAAUUAAAAUGGAAUAAACAACUAAUUUUAGAUUUUGUUUCCGGCAUGUCUUAUUAAUCACUAUCCUUUUGUGUGUUUACCUUAUUUCUUUUUUUGAGGGUGAAAUGCCCCUUUGGCAGUCUGUCUUAUCCAAUUGGAGGGAUGGGUUGGGCUUUAAAGAUGAUUAUAUACAAGCACAGCUUCUGAGGCUACUUCUGCACCAACCAGUGUGAGUAUUAGUUCGGAUGUUUACAGACGCAGAGUAACGUGAAAUGCGAGUUAUCUCGCUGCAGACGGGUGCAGGCUGCUGCCUCGAAGGCUGUGCGUGUAUGACUCCAUGUGGUGGGGCGAGUUUCAGCUUAAUGGGGGACAGGGUCGGCGCUUUGCAGCAUUUCUACCUUGUUUUUGUGUGUGAGUUUGCCUGUGUGCGUGUGGGUGCAGCGAGGCCCGGCCCGGUCCAGUCCAGCUGUCCUGUUCGGUUCAGUUGAUCUGCAUUCCAAGAUGUACAAUGCUAGUCUUUACAUUUUGUUUUUCCAAUAAAAUCUCAUGAACUAAA